AUGGCUACUAGCGGUAAAAAGCGUUUGAUGCCGUCGAAUGCUCAUCUCCAAAUUGUAGGUCUAGACAGGGCGGCCGAUUCGCCGCAGCGGCAUCAGAACAAGAGGCGAUGGGUGUGUCGCCCGGAUGUAUUCCGAAGCGCCUUUUUCUCUCCUCUGCCCUCGUUUCACCGUCCCGGAGUAUUAUUGCAGCCGAGCGAGAUUGCGGCCAAGGCUCGCGUCCUCGCAAAGUGGCACAGAUCCAGCCCUCCUCACAGCCAGCAGCGCGGAGGAUUGCAUCCCAAGCACAGAUACAGCGCUCCUGUGGCCGCCCACGGCUCUGCCUGUACAAGCCGGUACCCAAGGCAGAUGGCAGUAUCGUACAGGCAAGACAGACGGUGCUUGUAUACACCUCGUACCUAUAGGAGUCCCGUCCACAUGGCAUGCUCCGGGCGUCUCAGACACGGUGCCGCGUCCAGCAAGGCUGGCUGGCCCAAACACAGUGCCGUCCAACGGUCCUCCUGCUGUAAGUGUGCUACAAGUAUGUACAGUACGUGCUCGACCCUGGCCUCUGCUCGCUCACCCGCACCCGCAUCCACCCUCACUCCCACACCCCGCGUGAGACAUGCCGCCCAGGCCGUCCAGCUCGAAUCAUACCUGGAUUAUGGAGCCUCUCGGUCUGCAGAAGUGGGUGUGCGGCCAAGCAGUUGGCGGCUCGAGGACCGCCUGCGUCAGGCACUGGUACAGGCGCCGGUACACGCUCUGGCACAGUACAAGGUAGCGACGGCGACGGCGAGGUUGCGGGUAGCUGGUACGCAGCGCCGACCCGAGCGACGCCAGCCCAGGCGCAGUCUGUGCGCGCUCGCUUCCGUACCGGCGGCGUUAUCGGUACUUACCGUCGGGCGGCCAAAGGGCCCGUGGCCCAAGUACGCGCUACGUCUGGAGUACGACGCGGCGCCUAAUCGGAUGUCGUACCUGCAAGGCUGCGCCCCACCUGUCUUGUAA